GGGCCCGGCUCGGCCAUGGCCACAGGGGUCUCUGUGCUGCUGGGACUAGGCCCCCCGAUUGCAGUGCUUUUCCUGGAGCAAAGGACCCAGGCCCAGGAAGGGGUGCCCUCCAUCUGGGCGGAGCCAGGAUCUCUGGUUCCCCACGGCAGUGCUGUGACCAUCGUCUGCAGGAUUCCUCCAGGGGUGACACAGUUGCGUCUGUAUCAUGUGGAAACUAAGUUGUGGCGUGACAGAGACCCACAGGGAGCCCCAGAGGUGGCCCAGUUCUCCCUCCAGCAGGUGACACACAACCAGACAGGGACUUACCACUGUGAAUACUGGACAGAAGGACUCCCAUCAGGACACAGUGACCCACUGGAGCUGGUGGUGACAGGAAUGUACAAGGAGAAGCCCUCCCUGACUGCUGAGCCUGGUCCCCAGGUGGCCUCAGGGGGACAGGUGGCUCUGCUCUGUCACACAACUUAUUCCUAUGACGUCUUCACUCUGUGCAGAGACAGGGCAGCCUCCCUGUCCCAGAAAUGCUCCCACCAGACCCACAGCUCGUUCCUCAUGUCCCCUGUGACCCUGGCCCACGGGGGCACCUACAGGUGCUAUUUCUCCUCCAGGAACAGACCCCACCUCUGGUCUCUGCCCAGUGACCCCCUUGAUCUCCUGGUCACAGGUCCACCUAGUCCCCUUGUGGUUGGGGUCUCGGCCGCCGCUGCUGUCCUCCUGGGCCUCUGCCUCCUCCUCCUGGGCCUCUGCCUAUGCCGACACCGAGGGCAUCGUCGGGCCAGACGCAGGGUGACUGACGGUGGGACCAAGAGCCCAGUGUGGGACGUGAGCUCCAGCCCUGCCUCUGACGUCCAGCGGGAAGAUGAAGAUGACACCGAGCACAGGGAGCAUGGACAGGUGGACACACAGGCCCCUGCUGCAGAAGGCCCACAGGAGGUGACCUAUGUCCAGCUGCACCCAAGGACCCUCACCAGGAGUGUGGGUGCACUUCUCUCCCGAGCGCCCCAGGACGGGUCAGCACAGCCCUGUGUGUAUGCCACGCUCACCUCGCCUCUCUGCCCAGGCCCAGCAGCCAUGUCUCCCUCCUUGACUGCUCUCUUCUGUCUCGGGCUGUGUCUGGGGCGGUGGGUGACCGCAGCGCAGAACGGCCCCCUCCCCAAGCCCUCCCUCCGGGCUCUGCCCAGCUCCCUAGUGCCCCUGGAGAGGUCGGUGACCCUCUGGUGCCAGGGGCCUCCGGGCGUGGACCUGUACCGCCUGGAGAAACUGGGAUCCAAGAAGUACGAGGACCAGAACUUCCUCUCCAUCUCGGCCAUGAAAACGAGUCACGCGGGGCGCUACCGCUGCUCCUACCAGAACGGGUCCCAGUGGUCGCUCCCCAGUGACCAUCUGGAGCUGGUCGCCACUGGGGUCUUCGACAAGCCCUCGCUCACUGCGCAUCCCAGCCCCGUGGUGCCCCCAGGGGGGGAUGUGACCUUGAAGUGUCAGAGCCAAUAUGGCUUUGACCAGUUUGCUCUGUAUAAGGAGGGGGACGCUGGGCUCUACAAGAGACUCGAGGAGCGGUACCUUGCAGAUUUCCCCAUGGCCCCGGUGACCACUGCUCACAGCGGGACCUACCGGUGCUACAGCUUUUCGAACGUCUCCCCGUACCUGUGGUCGAGCCCCAGCAACCCCAUGGUGCUCACAGUCACAGAGUCCCCCGAAGCCUCCAGGAGACUCAUCACCUCACCCAGGAACAGAGCCUCGACCACCGCCAUGUCCAGGAACGUCCCCGUCUCUCCAGAGGGGUCCGGCGCUCCAGUUGACCCAGCGUGGCUGUCAGGAGCAGCACCUCCGUCAGAACCCUGGUGUGGCCGCGUCCAAGAGCCAGAUGGUGUGAAGGCCUGCGGAGCUCGGAGACUGUGGGCGGGAGGAGGCUGGGCCUCUUCAGGGAGCCGCAGAGCCCGUGUCUACGGGGCUCUGUCCCCUUGGAUGCAAGGAGUCCAGUGGAGGCUGCGUGUCCUAGACACCUUCACCUGUGGUUACUAAGUCCCUGGACAGGCACUGAUGGCCUUCCCUCCGCCCUCCUAAUACGGGCUCCACAUCCAUCCCCCACUCACGGCUCACUGUCCGCCCUGUGCACCGCCUUCCCCGUCUCCUGUCCUCAGGUUGGCCCCACCCCACCCAUCUUCAGCUGUGGUCUGAUAAAUCUGUUUUUAGAAUGGUCCUGGUUCUUUCAGGCAGUCGGAUGCGCUUCUUAUUGUCACUAGCAUACAAUAAAAGUCACAGUGCCCCCCCCAGCCCCAGGAGGGGUCAUCCUUA